ACAGUAAGGUGCUACUCGUAUUCUAAAUAAAACAGGUCAAAACUAGAGUGAAAAUGUCGCAGCCCGAUAGCGUGGAGAGUAAGCAAGCUGCGCCCCAGGAAUGCAGAGAUUGCAGCGGUCAACAGCCACCUGCCACAUCCGUAGAGGUGGAGGACAUGGGUACUCCUGCGCUGGAGAAGCUCAUACGCAAGGCUAACAUAGCCCAGAAAAUGCUGCAGGAUGUGCUGAAGCAACUGGAGAAGCAACAAGUUACUCCGGAAUCUCGACGGGAUGGAAAGCAUAGGAGGGAGCACCGAGUGUCGAAGCACCGACAUUCUGCUGGAGGUAAACGACACAAGGGUCAUGAUCCUGCCACUCUUUCGUUUUCCAGCUCCAACAGCGAUGGCAGUGUGAGCGACUGCGAGCUGAUUGCUGUAUCGGAGGAGAGGACUUCCAGACGGCGACACAUUCGUGACGAUCGCAAGCGGGAUCGUUCCCGCUCUCGUGGUCGCUCCCGUGGUCACUCUCGUGGCCGAUCCCAUGGCCGUUCUCGUUCCAGGUCCUACACAAAUCCCCGACGACCCACUGCCUUGCCUUUGGCAUUGCCCGUUCGGAUUUCAGCGGACUAGUGGUAUAUGCAAGGGCAGACCUUAUGCGAUGAUAAUAAGUGUGGCAUAUUUUCAUUGGCAUCACGAAGCGUAAUUGGCUCAAAAGAACCAUAGAGUCAACUGUUACGCUGAUCGACUGCUCAUAAUGUUUGCGAUCCACCAGCUUGUCUGUAGGACAAGGCUCAUGGCUCUGGCAGCCGACCUCACGGGCGCGGACAGCGGCAGCGCACUGCCUGGGUCCAGAUAUCCAAGCACCUCUGUGUUAAUGCUCCCCGCCGGUGUCUUUUCUUGUCCAACUUCACCUGCCCGGUCAGCACUUUGUUAAUGUCAUGCUUCGCCAACGCUCGUCCCCAUCACUCCGGCGGAAAGCUCGUUCGUGGCCAUCUGCAUCAGUUGAAGAUUUGUCUGAUUGGACGGCAACUUCUGGCUGUCCACAAGGAAAAUAGAGCAUUAAGUACAGCAUUUUCCGAUAGCCAGGACGCAACUUAAGGACACAAUGAAGCUACUGGGAAGCCGGGUGAUAAGAAUGGGUUGGUCCUUCUCGACGGUGACAACCAUUACCUAUAUUAUGGUUGUGGGCGACUGUACAUUGGUGCAUUUGCCUGGAAAUUUAGCUAUGCUGCUUCCAGACGUCAUUGGCGAUGAUUAAGCACUUCCGUGCGGUCUCGUAGUUGAGUUGUUCCCGUACUCGGGAUUUUCCCAUUUUAGCACUCGGAUGUGACUUUGUUCCUCGUAUAAGCUGGGGAUGAUGUCAUAAGCUGGUGGUCUAAGUAGCCUGAGCGGUUCUCGCAGGUCCCAGAAGUUUCCUCCACAUGGGCGGAAAACUUUUGCUGAACUCACGCGCGGUACAAGUGAGGGGAGCCAAUCUAUUAUUGGUCGCCCCUGCCACUGCAGACGGAAAUGGGUUGCACAUUGCAGGAAUCAUGUAUUAUACUAUUUUACACCAACGAUUUGGGGGCUAUGAACGAUUGGGGUUCAAUGGUUUAAAAAAUUACAUUGUGUGACGAAAUGAUAACUAUUGAAUUAUACAAAAAUUAGGUUGCAGGCCUGGAUGAGUAGAUCACAUCCUCGUACUUAUAAUUUAUAAAACACCCCCAACAGCUUU